AUGAAGGAAUACAAAAUCCUGCUGAAUAAACCAAGCAUUCAUUACUCCAUUGUUCUUCCUCCUGGCCUGUUCAAGUUCGAAUUGUACGGUGCAUCAGGCGGAAGUUAUACGGAUGAAGUCUCUAGCUAUCAUUAUGAAUCAGGUGCAUGCAUGCCCGACAACUUUGUUAAGCUCUUUAACGGCAAUACUAAAUGCCUUGAAUCAUCAAACUAUGGCGGUGCCGGCGGAUAUGUCAGUGGUAUUGUCCACAUCCGGCAUCCUACCAAAAUAUAUGCCACAAUUGGUGGCAGCGGAAAAUACUCCAAUAAUACUAAAUGCACCACCGUAGAAGACUGCUAUUCUGCGGAAAAUUUGGUCCCCGGUGGAUAUGGUGGUGGUGGAAGUUCCGGCGGAUAUACUUUUGGUUCUUCCAGUGGCGGUGGCCAAACUUCCGUACAAUUUUUAGAAAAUACUCUAUACCACCGAGUGAUUGUGAGCGGCGCCGGCGGGGGAACUGAUGACUACAGAGGUGAUGAUGCCAGAGGUGGCUCUGGUGGUAACCUUGUCGCUCAAGGUUGGUGGAAUGAAUCAGUUUAUAUCGGCCAGUAUGCAGCAAAUUCUUCGUUUGGUUUUACAUUUGGUACUGGAGAAGCAGCACAGCCAUAUGUAUCAAAGAAUCCAAAAGGAAUCCAAAUAUCUGCUGCAGGUGGUGAUAAAUGCGGCGGCGGCGGUGGCUGGUUCGGCGGAUUUGCGAGUAAUGAGAUCAAUUCCGGAUGUGGAGGCGGUAGUUCAUGGGUAUUGACUCAAGAUGCCUAUAUACCCCAAGGUUUGAUCAAAUCGCAUGAUGAGUUUUAUGAUUUAAUUGAUCAACAAAAGUAUCAAUUUGAUCUCAAUUCCGAAUAUUUAUUUUCUGAAGUCCAACAUGUUCCAGGCAUUUGGCAAGGUAAUGGUCGACUAAUUAUUACACUUAUUCGAUCUUGCGUAGUUAAUAGCUGUGCAGCAAAGUCUAAUUUUAAAUAUUAUCUUUUUGGAUUCUUUAUUUUAAGUUAA